UGAAGAAUAGGAUCUCGCUAGAGGCGGAUCAAUACACCGGAACACAAGCACUUGAGCCCUGAAUAAGAACAGGUGCUCUGAUAGUCACUUUUAUGGGGGCGGGGGGAUCUGGCUUCCGCAGCAAAUGUGGGACAUGAGCACCGCUAGGCGUCAUGCGUUCCACCCGGCUCACAGACACGAGACACCUGGCAUGUCACUGUCAGCGGGAUCGAGUUUAAGGUCCAGUCUCAGAAGAUGAGGUUCCUCCUUCAGACGCGCUGCUGGCUGGUGCUGCUCUGCCUCAGCCUUUCGCUGCUUCUCUGGUACGGAAACACCGUCAGUCAGAAAACUGCCGGGAGUGUCUCCAUCCUGGACGGGUUUGUGAGGAUCAUCUCGAACGGCACGACUCAGAAAACGAGCGAGAGUGUCUCCACUCUGCAAGGAUUUGUGAGGAUCACCCCACACAACACGACUCAGUUCCUGUCUCACCAUUACCAUGAGUGCGCCAUCAUCUCCAGCUCAGGGCAGAUGCUUGGAGCAAACCUUGGCGAGGAAAUAGAAAAAUUCAACACAGUGAUUCGGAUGAACAAUGCUCCCGUGCGGGGCUUCGAGAAGGACGUGGGCCGAAAAACCACGGUGCGUGUGGUGUCGCACACAAGCGUGCCGUCACUGAAGUGGAACGAACGUUACUACUUUCAUGUUUCGGAGAAGACUGUUUAUGUGAUCUGGGGUCCUCACAAGAAGAUGAGGCAAGAUGGACUGGGCUCAACCUACAACACUUUGCUGAAGUUAGCACGCGACUACCCAAACGUGGAAAUAUACGCUUUUACCAAAGAGAAGGUGGAAUAUUGCGACAAUGUGUUUGAGAAGGAAACAGGAAAGCACAGAAUGAACUCUGGAGCAUAUCUCAGCACCGGGUUUUUCACCAUGAUCCUGGCGAUGGAAAUGUGCGACCACAUUCGUGUUUACGGGAUGGUCAACGAUGCGCAUUGCAGGGGGAAGAAUUACACCAUCGUCCCGUACCAUUACUACGAUACGAGAAAAACCAACGAGUGUAUGAUGUACAGAAUACACGAGCACCAGUCUCGCGGUGGACAUCGAUUCAUCUCUGAGAAGACCAUGUUUGCCAGAUGGUCCAAACUCCACGAUAUUCAGUUCAGACAUCCCACUUGGCAUGACUGAGGCCUACGAACUCACCUCUUCAGCACAGUUAGGAAAACAUAUGAAGACUGUAUCCAGCACACCAGCUAGCUCAUGCCAAAGCGGAAAAAUGCCAUCAGGGUGCGCCUUCAUUUUUUACUUGAUUUAGUGUGACGCAAUUGAAGGAAUCCUAACUGUUAAACAGAGUUGUCUUUUUAAGUCAGUGCGCCAGAAGGAAUGUUUAUGCAUGACUGAAGUCAAAGUUGGAUGGGGGUCAAAAGGUUGCGUUGCAGUUAUUUCAGUUAAAUGAUGAGCCUUUCCUUCUGUGUUUUUAUGUACAAGUUAACAGGGAUAUUAAUUGCAGAUCUUAUCCUGUAAAUGUUUCUUUUUUGCAAAGUCAAAGUUUUUGUCAUUGAUGUGGAUCAAUCGAUGAAGAACUUUACCUUUAUGAACAUGAAAGUGCCAAUAUCUUCGAUUUUUUAUUAGAUUUAUGGAGCUCUUGUAGACAGUGUUCCACUGCGGUAUUUGUUAAAUAAUCUAAAAAUGUUUUAUAAGAUUUUAUUUAUACAUGAAAUGACCAGGUCUCAUAGUCUUUAUUCUGUUAUAAUGGUGGGUAGUUUCGCCACUCUCCUUUUCUUCUUUGUGUAGCCCGGCUCUCCAUUUCCCUCCACUUUUAUUCAGGUCGGAAGCCUUUAUUCCAACUUUGAAUCCCAGACAUAAUUUCAGGUUAUUAAUUAUUAUUAUUAUUUAUUUUUGUUUGACUGCUGGCAAUUAUCGCCUGAUGUUUACAGUGAAGUCUGAUGCAGUCCAUCCUCAAGACUGUACAGCAUUUGCACUGCGAAAGAAGCUUCUUUGUUAAAUUCUCUGUCAAAGUCUUUUGUUAUGUAAAUUCCAAGUGCAAAAGAGGACUGCGAUGUGAAAAAUGGAUUCACGCAAAUGUUCUAAUGAACAUUGUUUCUCAGGUGAUGUGUCAAAGCUUUUAUUAAAAAAAGAAAACUUAAAAGACAUAUAUUUCAUUAUUAAAGAUG